CCAUUUCUCCAUUAGAAACUCAAAAAAAUAAAAUUAAUGAGUCCUCCAAAACCAAAUAGUUUUCCCCUUCUGUCACGGCGAAGAUAAUAAGAAGAACCACCUCAUUAAAGCUCAUCACCACCCACCCACCUCUUCUCCAACCUCCACCCACCACCACCUCCGCCGCCACCGCUACCACCACCACCAAACAUCCACCACCCACCUCACCAUUCCCACAAACUCCACCAAAAAUGAAGAGACUACGAAGCUACUACAUGCACAUACGCCACAACCACCAAUCCAUGGAACGCAAAUGGAUCUUCCCACUAGCCAUCGCCUCAUUACUUUCAUUGUUCCUCCUCUUCUUAACCACCGUCUCCUCCUCCUCCGCCUCCACUUCCCUCCUCCCAUUCUACCCUUCUUUUUCCUCCUUCACUUCCCGCUUCGUGGAGACCAAACUCCACCCAAUUCCCGCCGCUCCUCCUCUUCCACCUCCGCCCAAAUUCGCCUACUUAAUCUCCGGAUCCUCCGGCGACGGCGGCAUGAUUAAACGCACAUUGCAGGCGCUGUACCACCCCAAUAACCGAUAUGUUCUGCAUUUAGAUAGAGAGUCCAGCAAUGAAGAGCGGUUGGAUCUGAGUCAUUAUGUGGAGAAAAACCCGGUUUUUUUGAAGUUUGGCAAUGUUCAAAUUAUUCAGAAGGCUAAUCUUGUUACUUACCGUGGCCCUACUAUGGUUGCUAAUACUUUACAUGCUGCUGCUAUUUUGUUGAGAGAUGGCUCUCAUUGGGAUUGGUUUAUUAAUUUGAGUGCUUCUGACUACCCACUUGUUACUCAAGAUGAUCUAUUGCACACAUUUUCUUAUUUGCCAAGGGAUCUUAAUUUCAUUGAUCAUACGAGUAACAUUGGAUGGAAAGAGUUCCAAAGAGCGAAGCCAAUAAUUGUUGAUCCUGGGUUGUACAUGACUAAGAAAGCUGAUGUCUUUUGGGUUACGCAGAGGAGGAGUGUGCCAACUGCGUUUAAACUUUUUACAGGUUCUGCUUGGAUGGCACUUUCUCGACCUUUUGUUGAUUACACAAUAUGGGGGUGGGACAAUUUACCACGAAUAGUUCUUAUGUAUUAUGCCAACUUUAUUUCUUCCCCAGAAGGUUACUUUCAUACUGUCAUUUGUAAUGCACAAGAGUUCCGCAACACCACUGUGAACAGCGACCUUCAUUUUAUAUCAUGGGACAACCCCCCGAAGCAGCAUCCACAUCACCUCAAUGUGGGUGAUAUGCAGAAAAUGAUCAACAGCAAUGCUCCUUUUGCAAGGAAGUUUCCUCGUGAGGAUCCAGUGCUCGACAAAAUUGAUUCCGAGCUCUUAUCUCGGGCUCCAGGCAUGUUUACACCAGGCGGUUGGUGCAUCGGGAGUAGGGAAAACGGAAGUGAUCCAUGCUCACUUAUUGGUAAUACCACAGUCCUUAGACCUGGUCCUGGAGCUAAAAGGCUUGAAAACUUGAUAAGCACUCUGUUAUCGAGUGAAAAUUUCCGAAAAAAGCAGUGCAAGUAGCAUCUCUUGAGCAAUCAGGUAUUUUACACGCCCUUGGUUUAGUUAUGUUAGAAGUACAGAGAGUAUGAUCACAUAAUCCACAUUCCUUCAAGUAGGAGAAAAAAGAAAUUGCUGAAACUAUACCUUAUUCUCUGCCUAUAUGUCGUCACGAUUAGACGAGAUGAAUUCUGUGGAAGAAUAUCAAUUACAUUUCCACUUUAGUAUCACGAUAUAGAAGACGGAACACAUCCUUGUGAUCAAGAUCUAGAGAUGUUUCAUCUGUUUUUUUUCUUUUCUUUAUAUAUAUUAUUAUUAUUAUUGUAAAUGUCUGUCCAUCAUCAUUUUAGCCCUAAAUCUUGUGUGGGAUUGAUGGUGAGAUGGAUGAAGAAUGGCAAAAUUUCAAUGUUAGAUAGGGAAGAAAAGGAAAUCAGAUUCUGCCAUUCUGGUACGAGAAAUCAAAUCCUGAAAGAAAUUUUAUUUUGAGUUCAUUUCGUUACA